AUGGUGUAUUUGGAUGCUACUUUCCUUACUGGUAGAUUCAUAGGUUGCUUGAUGACAGCUACUGGGAUCAAUGGUGAUAAAGGAUAUACUAAUCUUCCCACCAAUGGAUCGGAUCCUAGGUACUCUCUUGUGAUCGAUCAUUUCCAAGAAGCGACAUACGCACUCUCAUAUGAAAACCAUGCUAAGGCCAUACAGAAAAUUAGAGAUUUGAAUUGCGAUUGGGUUGCUGAUUACAUACAUACCAUCCCACCUGAAUCAUAUGUGAAUACCUAUUUCAAAGGUUGUAGGUAUGGAUACACAUCUAGUACUCUUGGAGAAUCAUUCAAUAGCUGGAUUCUGGUUCACAAGAAGAUGCCUACAUCUGCUUUUCUUGAUCAGAUUAGGAUGAAAGUAAUGGUAAUGAUGGCAGAUCGUCAUGAAGAUGGCGCUAAUAUGAUGACUCCAUUAACUCCCGAGUAUGAGAAAAGGCUUGAGGCUCUUCAAGAUGAAGGUUUAGAUUCGCAAGAUAUAGAAUGUGUAGCUUCAAGUUACACUAUAUAUAUGCAUCUGAAACUAAUAGUUACUCAUCUUAUUCUGCAUCUGUGGUGCGUAUAUGGUUUCCCUUGUGCUCAUGCUCUUGCAGCCAUACGGGAGAUUAAACGUGAAGCUAUUUACUUCAUUUCACCAUAUUUUACAAGUAACUAUUUUAGGAAGACUUAUUUGCAUGUCAUCCAACCGAUCCCCAACUACAACAGGCCUGCUGAUAUUUGUAAAGAUGACAUCAUCAUUCCACCUAUUGUAAAUAAACAACCAGGUAGACCCCAUGGUAAAAGGAUUGAAAGUAAAGGUGAAAAUAAUGGAAAGGGGAAAGUUUGUUGCAGCAAUUGCACGAAAGAAGGUCACAACAUGACAGGUUGUCAGAAGCCUCCGAAGUAUACACCCCCUCUUUAUGCAGGAAACACACAGUUGAAAUAA